AACCGCAGUAUCAGUCCACUGAAUUUAACCAAGCAGAUAUCGCGAAAGCACCAACCCACCUUGUCACCCGAUGAAUAUACUCUGAACAUGCGAAACUUGAUAAGAACGAAGAGUGCUUAUUCGUUUUUGAAAGUUCUGGUGAGACCACAGGCGAAGAGGUCAAGGGCGGCGUUUAAUCAGAAGGCAUCAGACAUUUCAUUCAGCAGACUCAGAUAUUUUGCUCACACUGCAACAAUGGCAAACAGUGAUCGAGAGCUGGAUGACACACAGUUGAAGUUGCUACAAGAAGAAUGCAUCCUUGUAGAUAGGAAUGAUAAAAAUAUUGGCUCAGCCUCCAAGAAAACAUGUCACCUGCUGAAGAAUAUUGAUGAAGGUAUGCUUCACCGAGCGUUCAGCAUGUUUCUCUUCAACAAGCAGGGAGAACUUCUCAUCCAACAGAGGUCAGAUGCAAAGAUUACAUUUCCAGGUCACUGGACCAACACAUGCUGCAGCCACCCCCUGAAUGUGACGGGAGAGUUGGAGGAGGCAGCAGCCAUUGGAGUCCGCAGAGCCGCUCAGAGGAAACUCAAACAUGAACUUGGCAUUGAGCCAGAACAGGUGCCUGUUGACGGCUUCCACUACCUCACUAGAAUUCACUACCGCUCCAACAACGUGCCCGACGACAAGACGUGGGGGGAGCACGAGAUCGACUACAUCUUGUUGUCACAGAGAGAUGUUGACGUAGUUCCUAAUGAGAAUGAAGUAAAGGACUACAAGUUUGUCAGUAAACAGGAUUUGAAAGAAUUAAUAGCAAAAGCAGAUGCUGAAGGGAUCCUUCUCACCCCCUGGUUCCGUCUUGUCGCAGACAAGUUCCUGUUUGGCUGGUGGGAGCAUCUCGACAACGUUGACCAACACAAUGACCACUCCACCAUACACCGCAUGUGACCACCAUGAAGUCGCUGAUGACCUAACCAAUGCAGUCUGCGAUGUUGUCCCCGAAGCUAAAUAUUGCCACAAUCUUUAAUCUUGCACAUUUGUAUACACUAUGUCCCUCCAUUACCUGUGUAUUUGGACCCCGUGAAGAUCCGGGGUAGAAUAGGUCUUCAGCAACCCAUGCUUGCCACAAAAGGUGACUAUGCUUGUCGUAAGAGGCGACUAACAGGAUGGGGUGGUCAGGCUCGCUGACUUGGUUGACACAUGUCAUCGGUUCCCAAUUGCGCAGGUCAAUGCUCAUGCUGUUGAUCACUGGAUUGUGUGGUCCAGACUCGAUUAUUUACAGACCGCUGCCAUAUAGGUGUAUUUGAAUAAGGCCCUGCAGUGUAGGAGUGUAAUGAUGUAUCAAACAAUCAAGGGGCGGUGGUGUAGCCUAGUGGUUAAAGCAUUUGUAUGUCACAUCGAUGAACCGGGUUCAGUACCCCACAUAGACACAAUAUGUGAAGCCUCUUUCUGGUGUCCCCCGCCGUGGUAUUGCUGGAAUAUUGCUAAAAGGGGCAUAAAACCCAAUCAGUGUAUUGCACUUGUUUGCCCUGUGAAUGUACAGUAUUCAUAGAAAUUCAAAAUUAAUAAACAGUUGCUAAUCAUUGAUACUCCUAUUACAAUAAGCAACAUAAAUCAUGAGUCAGAAAUCUAAUACAGCUAAAUUUCCAAUCAGCAGUGUGGGUGAACUGCUGCAUGAACAACUCCAGAGUUACUUCCCUUUGGUUUGAGUGGUGGCUUUGUUAACUCUUCCGUUGAAAUCAAGCGAAGUGAUGAGCUGAUGGUUCCAAGGUCACAUACUGUCAAGUGAUAAACAUUGCCAUUUAUACCAUGUCCCUGCCAUCUUCUGAGAAACAGACCAUGGCAUGGCUAUUGGUAAAAAUACCGAAAACUGCUGUUUAGAUUUGCAAGUAUGGAGUUACAUAGUGUAUACAAGCGGGGCAGUGGGGUAGCCUAUUGGUUAAGCGUUGGCUCGUCACGCCAAAGACCCGGGUUCGAAUCCCCACAAGGGUACAAUGUGUGAAGCCCAUUUCUGGUGUUCCCUGCCGUGAUGUUGCUUGGAAUAUUGCUAAAAGCGGCGUAAAACCAAACUCAGUCAGUCAGUCAGUAUACAAGCCAGUGAAGUCACGAUGGCGUGUUGUCACUGUUGAAUAUGUUUGAGAUGAUAAUCAAAACUGUAAUUCAUUCCUGCAAAUGGUCUAACUAGGCCCAUGUGAUAUGUCCCGUUCCCUUAGGUUUCUUCAAGUAUAUUUGUCUUUAACUUCUGUAAGUGGCAUUUAGAAGCUGUAUGAUGAAGAGGAACAAUGUUUAUAGAUAAACAACUUCUUUAUUGCAGUAGAUGCAACGUUUCAGUGUAGAUACUAACACUGCUAACCUUUGAUAACGGUGUUAUCAUCUACACCAAAUUUUGCAUCUAUUGCAAAACAAAAGUUGUCUAUCCAUACAAAUUGUUCCUCUUUAUUUGUCUUUAGGUUACACACCUCAUAACAGUUACUGUAACUUGUCAGGAUGGAAAGAAAUAGAAAAAAUGAAUCUUACAAUCCAUCAUGUUGCUCAAUCCUGCUGGUAACAGGACAAGGGUUGGAACUUGUGGAUGUCUAAAUCUUUGUGAAUUUAUUUUAUGGAUAUCAUUUAUUGAUUUGAAUAUAUUGUGUCAUGGUAUAUAUUAUAUACAAAUAUAUUGCAUAUA